AUGGCAUCAAAAAAUCCCAAAACAAAUGUUCUAACAAAGCAAAUGAAUGAUUUAACACUAGAUCAAAAUAUUGGUAAAAGUAUUCAAACAUCUGAUUUUUAUAUAACUCGAUCAGAAAAGGAUCGAAUAAAUUUUGCUCGUCUUGAAAAAGGACUUCUUUUACUUAUUUAUCUCUAUGAAACAACGAAAUCUACACUUGCAUCUGAAUUAACUCUCUGGGAUCAUCGUCUUUGCUUUUACAUGAUCAAAGAUGGAACAUGUACGAAAACAUCUGAUCAAUGUCAUCAUAUACAUCAAACAACAUAUCGACAAUCAAAUCUUUGCUCUUUCUGGUAUAUUAAUAAAACAUGUAAAUUUAAUUCAAAAUGUAAAAAUUCACAUCAGUUUGAAGAAGCAGCAAAAUAUCAUCGUUAUCUUCGUACAGAAACUGAAGUUAAUGUUUAUAAACUUAUUCGAUUUAUUCGAAAUUUUGCUGGACAUUAUAUUGAAUCAGUCAUUACCGAUCAAAAUGACCAACAAAAUCUGUAUAAAGAUAUAAUUAUUUCUAUAGUUCAUAUAGUUCAUUUUUUAAGUCUUAAACAAUUGAAUUCAAUUGACCAUUUAAAUUUAUUUCUUGAAGCCGCAACAAUAAAUCAAUUAAUUCCAAAAGAAGAUCUUCUUAUUGAACUCGAUAAACCAUAUGAUAUUCCAAAUAUAUUCUUUGAUUUAUCUAUGAAUUUUAAUACAUAUUGGUAUCAAAAUAAUACAAAUAAACAAUGUAUCGAUUUUAAUCAGUUAUCAUCUGAAUUUAUCACAUUUUUUAAUAAUAUUUUUACUGGAUACUAUGAAGGACGUCUUAAAUCACGUGGUUCUAAAGCACCUUGGCGUGAACAUUCAAAAAAGACAUAA